GUGAAUCAGCUGCUGUGGAAUGAGUGGUAACUCAUCACAAUGCUAUGGAAUCCGUGUCGAAUGUUCAGCAGCAAAGUGGUACCCCCGUUGAGCUUCGGCUCUAUGGAGUAUCAACAGCUGUUUAGAGUCAUCGCGUACAAUAGUCAAUAUGUUGUGUUCAACAAGGCACCUGGUGUGGCGGUGCAAAACGAUGAUAUACGUGUACCGAGUCAUAGAAGACAGCAAGGUCUCUUCAACUUGCUCAAGGAGGUUGAUCCUUCGCUCAGACCGGUUCACAGGCUGGACAAGGUGGUUAGUGGAGGGCUAAUCAUGGCGAGGAACAAGUCUAGUGCACAGAAAUUUUCUAGAAAUCUACAAAAGGGUGGUAACUAUGGGUAUCCAUUCAUCAGAAGAUAUGCUGCUUUGGUUAAUUCUAAGGAGCUGAAGUAUUCUUUAAAUGUUCACUUCAAUACUGAAACCACGGGAGUCAUUACGGUCCCGGUGGAGGACAAUUCCAAUCAACAUGAAACAACAAAGUUUAUGAUCCCCGGUGAACGCCACAAGGGUCGUUCUCUCAUACUCUUAGAACUCUUAACAGGUAAGAAGCAUCAGAUAAGGAGAGCAUUGGCAAGGGAAUUCAACUCUGCAAUACUGAACGACCGUCUCUAUGGGGCCCAGGACUGUUGUGAAGGUCUCAGGGGUUCAAUUGCGCUUCAUUCAAGCUUCAUAAGGACACGGAUAGGUCAGACAUCGAGAGAGCACUUCAUUCCUGUUCAAUAUGCACAUGAACUUUGGGAUGGAUUCAUAGAUUCAGAGGGAAACUUCUCUGAAAGGAUCCAAGGACUAUUGACACAAUUCUGGGAAUAGUCUUGUCACAACCAGAUCCAGUAGCCUUAGAACCAAGUUUUCAUUAAUCCUCAAGUGUUCUAAGCUGGUUAAGAAAUCGUCCAACACAUCAUCUAGUUCAACUUCGUUUGUAGUUAACAAGGCAUAAGAGAUGAGUUGAUACUUACGACAAACCAACUUCAGCUUAUCCUUUGUCGUCUGCCUGAUGGUUUCAAAUUCCUGGGGUGUUGGUUCAACUCGUGGAGGUCCCAUCUCAUCAUCCUGUGGGAACAGGACAUUUCGAGAUGUUUUGAUUAUCGUGGCAACCAGGUGAUCUGAUCUCAUUGGCUUUAUCACCAAAUUUUGUAAGAUGUUGCAAAGAACGUGGUUGGCUUUCUCCAUCUUGAGAAUUGGUGAGAGGGACUUGAGUGUAGCAUAUAGCACAGGUCUUGAGCUACUCACUAAGAAAAGAUCAUUGAGAAAGUGAGCCAUCUGCAAUGUUACCA